AAGGUCAAAUCAGUAAUUCAACUCUAACCGCGCUGAGCAAUGUUAAUUUGAAUUCCCGCGCCUUUACAUUCUCAAAAACGCCGUGACCGACUGGUUUAAAGCCAGUUGAUUGAGAUUUAGAUUCCAAACAAAAAUAAUAAUAAUAAUAAAAAAAAUAAAAAAAAAUGAAAAUAAAAAUAAAAAAUUCAGAUCGAUCAAAUUCGAAAACUGACAUUUUUCGAAAUUUGUAAACCCGCCUAAUAAGAAUCAUAUUCUUCUUCAUCUAACUUUCAAUUCAAUACUUUAUCCUUAUGAUUUUCAGUUUAUAAAGAGAAAAAAAAUAAGAACUUGAUAAUUUUAGUAUUUUUUUUUUUUUUGGGAGUUCAGCUUCAGCUGUUUUGAAACAAAAAUGUCUUCUUCUUUUAUGUUUAUGGAGUCCGAUUCUAGACCCAAUGUAUAUUGCCGUAAAGAAAAAUCUCUUGGAGUUUUGUGUUCCAAUUUCUUGAGGUUGUAUAAUCGGGAAGGCGUUGAAUCCAUUGGUCUCGAUGACGCUGCUUCUCAAUUAGGAGUUGAGCGGCGCCGCAUGUAUGACGUUGUCAAUAUAUUGGAGAUUAUUGGAGUUGUCGCAAGAAAAGCUAAAAAUCAGUAUACAUGGAAGGGUUUAGGGGAAAUUCCACGUGCUUUGCAGCAGUUGAAGGAUGAGGGUUUGAAGGAGAAUUUUAGUGCCUCAGUUAGCUGCAGCUCUUCUAGAGUUUUAAAUGACAAAGAGCUUAGUGGGGUUCUGAGUCUGAAUUCGAAAGAGGAGGAGUACUCUUCUGUGUCUUCGAAAAACAAAAACAAGAGAGACAAGUCUCUAUCACUUCUCACCCAGAACUUUAUCAAGCUUUUUCUUUGUUCAAAUAUGGAUUUGAUAUUGCUUGAAAAUGCAGCUAAAGGAUUGCCAGGUGAUGCAGAAGAUCCAACGGCUUUGAGAACAAAGGUUAGACGUCUGUAUGAUAUUGCAAAUGUUUUAUCUUCAAUGAAUCUGAUUGAGAAGAUUCGUCAUCCUGAUAGUGGGAAACCAGCAUAUAGGUGGUUGUGUUGGGGAGCAAAGACCAAGAAUGAAAUUGAUAAUACAGAUUCUAACCAACCUAUAAAGAGAAUAUUUGGUGCUGAUCUCACAAAUUACAAUUUCAAGAGAAAAAGAGAAGAUACCACAGAGGAUUGCAAGUCAAAUCAAGAGAAAAGUAAGCAAAAAAUUUGUAAAUCGUCUGAAUUGGAACAAAAUGAAUGUGUCUGUGAUGAUGAAGAAGUGAAGCCGCGUCCAAAAUAUGCCUCAAAGGGUAUUGUAUUUGGACCUUUUGCACCUAUUAGUUUGGCUAUGGAAGGAGAUGCAGCAAAUAAAAGAGUGAGACAGGUUCAAGAUUGGGAAAGUUUGGCUUCUACUUAUCGUCCUCAGUAUCGGAACCAAGCUACUAAAUUUUAGAGACGGGUUUCGUUUUGUUGAUGAUCAUGGCAGCUCUAUGUGACCUCUUUGCUCAUUACAUGGAGGCUUGGAAAUCAUGGUUCGUGGAUGCUGUAGAGAAGCAAGAAGGUGCGCUGACAUUACUGUAGAAUAAUCUGUUGUUAACUUCAUUUAGGAUUCUCAACCCCAUGGUUGACUGUGGAUUACUCUUUUCUUCUUCUUCUUCCUCUUGCCACAAAGCAUAUAGGUGUUCAAGGAAUAAGUUUCUUGCUAUGGUAGCAAGGAUUGUGAUCAUCACUUCCUACACUAAUCAUACAUUAAAAGCCCUCAUUUUUAUUGUCAAUCACUUCUUGUCAUUCACUAAUAAGAGUUAUAUUUAUUUAAUUAGCCAAAGAGUGUGGAAAAUGUCUUGAGAGCUUUCUUUUCUUCCUUAGAAUAAUAAAUAAUUCAGUAGCUUUCUGAAGCUUCAACUCUUGUGUUUAUAGCCAUUGGAGAUGUCUUAUUACUAUGUUUCUGCAUAUAUUGAUUUGGAAUAUCAAUUUAUU